GUGCAAUAAAAAACUAGCUCGAAUUCUGUUUGUAUUUAUAAUGUAGACAUAGUUAAAGCGGAUCAUCGUGUACUUGUAAUUUGUUUAUAAAUUAAGAGAGGAGUAUCUGUGAAGGUUGAGGGUGUUAUGGAGCUUAUUAAAGGUUACCGGAAUGCAUGCAGGGCCCGUUCUUGGAUGUAGUGUUAAGGGUAAGUGGAAGGUGAGGUCUGUGUCCCAGAGCCAUGGGCUUACUGUUAGUCACUUUGAGUGACAGAGAAUAUAAGAAUGCCAGAAAGCCGAAUAUGCGUCGUACAGCUGCAGAGACGUGCGUGAGACUAAUCAGUCACAAAUUGGGGAUUUCUUAAUGCUCAGACUUACUUUCUGACUAUUAUUCAUUCACAUAAGUUACUGAAUGUUGACUGUUACUCUCUUCUGCUCCUUAUCUUAGUUUAUAGCUGUACAGCCUUGAAUCUAGCAAUGGUUUGGCUAAAUGGAACCACUGGGUCUGAAAAAGUGACCAGAAAACCAUCUUUGAACCAGUCAACACGGUUGCUUAUGCCUGCAAACAUAAAUCUCAUAUGCGUGGUCUCUACUCAGAUGGACACCUGAACCCAAAAGUGGUUAAAGCAUUGUAUGUUUAAUGUGAUUGGAUGAGAGGUUUGUAUCAUACAAUAGGCUUUGUGUCUUUUCCAUUUCUGUAUUGAUUUGUUACUGUCUUUUGAGGCUCUUAAUAAACACUGUUAGCUACUGGUGAGCAAAUUCUCCAGCAGAAGAGGUACAGAUGUGGUGCCACACAUGGGUGAACUGAGGAACCCCAGUCCACAUCUUUGCUCCCUUCCAGCUCGCAUCAUGUACCAAAUAAUCUGUGUUCUUGAUUGGGCUGGGUUAAGAAACAUUGGGUAGAGAGAAAAACAGGAGUGGAGCAGGUGGAAAAGACACAAGACAACAUUUUUUUUGUUUCUAUAGGUAUCCAUAGGAAUUGUUUUAUUUACAUAUAGUUUCCUUUUCUGAAUAUGUACUGGAAUAUUCAGAUGUUAGUGCAUUUCCAAAAACAAACAUAUGAUAUGCAUGUAUCUUCCGUAACGACUUCUUCAGUACAGUGUAUAAUGGGUUCAGUAUAAUGGAAGGAUUACAGUGUACCCAAUGAAAACCUACUAAAAGACAGGGAGAACAUAUAGAAUGGAGGUGGUGCUGGGCGAGUGUGGAAAUAGAACAUGAACAAUGAAGGUAUGAAGCUACGUCCGUCCAUCCAUUUUCUGCAACCUUUCAGGGUCGCGAAGCUACGUCCAUCUAUUGUUAUUAAUAAAUGAACCGGAGAAAAUCCUUUGCUGCGGCUUAUGUUCGGUAUUUACGGUAAUAGGUGACAUCACCGUAACUUCCUGACCUGUCCGGAAGUAAACAAUAUAAAACAUUUAAUAUCAAGUUAGCUAUUUUGCACUGGACAAUAAAGGACUCCGUUAGCUACUAUCUUUCAUACGGACGAUAUUGUGACUAAACAGGCUCGCCUGGUGCGAUCGUCCGUUAAAAUGGCGAACUCUGCAGCCUUUCAAACACAGUUAGCUGCGAUCAUGGACAUUCUGGCCAAGGCAGCGGUAGCAGAAAUCGGCAAACUUGUGGACGACAGCUACGCUGUGCUGCGCCUGGAAGUCUCCCGCAGUCAGAGCGAGAACGAGGCGCUGAGGAGGAAGCUGCUGCUGAUGGAGAGCGAGCUGCGGUCCCGGCGAGGGCGAUCUGCAGAAAGCGCAGAGGAAGAACACUGCCCUUUAGACAACAGCUUUGGAAAGAACUGGAGCAUCAGUCUGUAUAGAGAUGACGAGUCUACGGCUGCUGAGGAUGAUGGGACUCUGCUGCAGUCCGUUACUUUGGGAUAUGAGGUGACAGACAAGGAAGUGGGUGACCAGGAACUUUUCAUUAAGGAGGAGAAACCUGAUGAAGAUGCUUGGAAAAAUAACCCACAAGGUCUUCUGAAAAUACACGGGGAGGGAGCAGCGGAGUCUGAUCCACACGAAGGAGAGAGGCUUCCCCUCGAGCGUCCGCACUGCCAGCAGGUGUGUGACGCUGCAUCGUCCCCCGCAGAGGACACGCCGGUCCCACCUCGUCCCCUAGUGGACGGCGCGGGGCCUGCAGAGGGCGCAGUGGAGCUCGCUGGACAUAGGUGUGCUGGGAAAGCCAGGCAGGGGAACAGCGCGGAGGCCAGGGAGUUUGAUCGCGGUGCGGGCCGCCCUCAGGGCACGGAGGCUGAGUACAGUCAGCUGUGGAAUAACUUUCCGCAGGGGGACAUGGACGCGCCGGUGGAGUUCACCGACUGCGUGUAUGAAAAUGAACCAUAUCCGCAGAUCCUGCCGGCUCACAGGGAGCUUCAGCCCGGGCUUUCCCCGAUGGCGAGUCCCGGAAACUCUCUGCCCUCCUUCCACAAACAGUACAGUCAUGGGUUUGAAACCAUUUGCGUAAAAGAGGAGGCUAAAAUGGAGACGGUGUGCAGCAAAGGGACUUUGCCUGGUUUAAAUCACAGUUUGUCCGGGGAGAAACGGUUCUCAAUGGGGGAGAACGUCUCCUUCGCAAACGCACAGCAAAACCAUGGUUCGUCAGAGCCGCAGCUGGGUGUGAUACCAUGCGCCUCGGGGCCGAGCUUAGAUGCGCAAAGCACCGAUGGGUAUGCCAUGGAUCACAACGGACUGAGCUCAGUUGUCAGGUCGAAAAACCUCUGGAGGCCGGACGCCGGGGAAAAGCUCUUCAUUUGCACGCACUGUGGGAAGAGCUUCAGCCGCCUGCCUUACCUGAAGAUACACCAGCGCAGUCACACGGGUGAGCGGCCGUUCAGCUGCGCGCAGUGUGGCAAGCGCUUCCACUGCUCCUCGCACCUGAAGAUACACCUGCGGACGCACACGGGGGAGCGGCCGUACAGGUGCGGCACCUGCGGGAAGUGCUUCACCCAGCAGAGCAGCCUGAAGACGCACCAGAGCGUCCACAGCGGCGAGCGGCCCUUCUGCUGCGGCCAGUGCGGCAAGACCUUCACUCUGCUGCACCACCUCAAACGGCACAGGAUCAUCCACACCGGCGAAAGCUGAUCGCCUUUAAACGACUUAAAAAACUCUCCCCAGAUGUCUGCUGCUGUCUUUUUGCAUAACGUGAUCGCGACUUCUAGUACAUUAAAGCAUUUGGAAAUAGGAA